AUGGAUAGAGUUGAAGGCUCUAAUAAUUAAAAAAAUUAAUUGGUUACUUAUUUAUAGUUGAUUGUGAUUAUAUAACUAGUAAUAUUGUUGUGUAAGAGUCGACUUCCCUUUGGAUUGCCUACUCAUAUAAAGUAUUUAUGUUAUUAUUUUUUUAUUACUAUUUAGGAUGAUAAUUGUUAUUAUUAUUAUUUGAAUAAGACUUAUUAGUUUGUUUGGGUUAGGUUUGUUUGUUUUCUUUUUGUUUUUUGUUUUUUUUUUAUUAAUGAUGGUAAAUUAAAAAAUAUUAAAGGAAAUUUAAGCAAGUGUUAGAUGUUUGCUUGUUUGUUAGUUAGUUAGUUUGUUAAUCAGAAAAGGAUUAAACAGGUAGUUUACCUGAUCAAUUAAUUCUCAUUUUUCUUCAAAGGAUUUCAGGAGCGCUAUACAAAUCUUGUAGUAGUUCCUCUUCAGAAAGACCAGUUGCGUCUUCUUCUUCCUCAUCGGCAAGGUAAUCGCCACAGUCGUCUUCAAAGACUAACUUUGCGGAGGAUUAAAUCAUAUUUAAGGAAGAUUGUUUCUUUUAAAAGUGAAGUAAAAGCUCUUCAGGAAAGCUAUACUUAAGAGCGCAGUUCAUCAAAGCAAUUUUAUAGUAGUUUUCAUCGACCUUCUCAAAGAAGUAAGAGAAGCGCUUUUCGAGAGAAGGGAUUUCCAUAGAUUCGUCUGAAGAGUUUUGCUUAGCCAAAAUGCUUUCUCUUUCAGGGUUGA